ACAGAUGACCAAGAAUAAGCAGGCCAGAGGAGAUGUGAGCAAGAGAGAGGUGCAGGCAAGGAGACAGGGCCUGGAUGGGGGACUCAGGGCCAGAUUCCCUGAGGCAGAGCCAAGUGUCACCUCCUUCCCUUCUUGAGGACUGAGUUCCUUUAAGGUAAAGACUAGAUGACCCAUGUGUGCCUCCACAGCAGCUCUUUUAUGGAAGGACAGGCUGUCGAAACUUCAGGGCAUAAAAGGCUCAGAGCACAUACACCCUGGGGAAAGCUGGCCAGGGACAUGGGAACAACCACCAUGGACCAGACAUCUCUCUGGGCAGGUUUAGCAGUCUUGCUGCUUCUCCAAGGAGGAUCUGCCUACAAGCUGGUUUGCUACUUCACCAACUGGUCCCAGGAUCGGCAGGAACCAGGAAAAUUUACCCCUGAGAAUAUUGACCCGUUCCUAUGUUCUCACCUCAUCUACUCAUUUGCCAGCAUCAGUAACAACAAGAUCAUCAUCAAAGACAAGAAUGAUGCUGUUCUCUAUCGGACCAUCAACAGUGUCAAAGCCAAGAAUCCCAAACUGAAAGUUCUCUUGUCCAUUGGAGGAUACCUGUUUGGGUCCAAAGGGUUCCAUCCCAUGGUUGAUUCUUCAGCAUCACGCUUGGAAUUUAUUAACUCUGUACUCCUGUUUCUGAGGAACCAUAACUUUGAUGGGCUGGAUGUAAGCUGGAUCUACCCAGAUCGAAAAGAAAAUGCUCAAUUCACUGUGCUGAUUCAUGAGUUAGCAGAAGCCUUUCAGAAGGAGGUCAUAAACUCCAGCAAAGAAAGGCUUCUCUUGACUGCAGGUGUAUCUGCAGGGAGGCAGAUGAUUGAUAACAGCUAUCAGAUUGAGAAACUGGCAAAAGAACUGGAUUUCAUCAACCUCUUGUCCUUUGACUUCCAUGGACCUUGGGAAAAGCCCCUUGUCACUGGCCACAACAGCCCUCUGAGAAAGGGGCAGCAGGAUAGAAAGUCAAGCUCUUACUACAAUGUGGAAUAUGCUGUGGGAUACUGGAUACAUAAAGGAAUGCCCCAAGAGAAGGUGGUCAUGGGCAUCCCCAUGUAUGGACACUCCUUCACACUGGCCUCUGCAGAAUCUGCUGUGGGGGCCCCCGCAUCUGGUCCUGGAGCUGCUGGCUCCAUCACCAAGUCUCCAGGCUUCCUGGCCUAUUAUGAGAUCUGCCAGUUCCUACAACAAGCCAAGAUCACAAGGCUCCAGGACCAGCAGGUUCCCUAUGCAGUCAAGGGGAACCAGUGGGUGGGCUACGAUGAUGUGGAGAGUGUGCAGGCCAAGGUUCAGUUCUUAAAGAAUUUAAACCUGGGAGGGGCCAUGAUCUGGUCUAUUGACAUGGAUGACUUCACUGGCAAAUCCUGCAGCCAGGGCCCCUACCCCCUUGUCCAGGCAGUCAAGAAAAGCCUUGGUUCCCUAUGAAGGUAACAAAGUCCAAGGCUGGGGCUGGGAGUGGGCAGAAAGCUGGACAGAAAAGGGUGCGAGAGAUUGUGGAAGAUCAUCUUUACAUAUUUGAACUGAUCCUUUCUCGUGUUCCUUUGGAUCUUCUGCCAUGUUUUCUUGACUGGUUCUACCCUUUUGGAAGGCUACCCAUAGACUUUCAAAAUAAUAAUAAUAAAUUUUGGCUACCAUUUAUUGAACACAGUGUGAGCUUAGAAGGGCUUUCUUUGCAUGUAUAGUAGGGAUAAAUAUUAACUCCACCAAAAUUCUGGUUACGAAAACAUCAGCCUGUUUUGAUUUUCCAAGUCUCAAUAAAUCUGACUUUAUGUCUUCAACCCACUGACCUAAUGAUAAAUCCAAUCUCAGUCAUUAGUAGGCUCCCUCAUUAAGUUCAUUGACAGCUCAUCUUAGUCUAGACCUUUGGUAAAUAAUAAAGUUAUUAUUGAUAAGCCUCCCUACUACAUUGAAGGCCAUUGGCCUUGCUGCCACUCCAACCUUGGACUCCAGGGUCCCUAAGUACAAUGCACAUUCUCAUGUGCAAGUAAAGGCUCUUGCUAACUAGCCAUGCUGAAGUUUAUUGGUUCAAGGAGAGGGAAUGGAGGAGCAGGGGACUGGGGCUCACUGGAGACAGACAAACUGAAAAGGACUGGCUGUGCUCCUAGAGAAGGGCCCAGAACUGUUUGUUGGAUUGCUGCCCAAUCAUAGUGGCUAUAGUCUAGGUCUGAGCAUCCAUGAUUUAGUAACUUGACUCAGGUCUCAGUUUACUGAGUUGGGCUUUGAAACAGUGCUCCUUUUACUUCCAGGCAUAACUUACCAAGGAGCAGGCAAAGUGACCUUGCUGCCUGGGGCCUGCACCCUCUGUGGGAAUUCUUGUGUGGGAUUCCCCUUACCAGGCUGGUCUCCAGAUCUCUCUCUUAUAAGCCUUCCCUGACUUUCUCUCAGACCUUGCACUGGGCUCAUCUUUGUUUUUCUGCAGCUGUUGACUUAUUGCCCUGAAACACAAUAAAAAAAAAAAACCCUCAUUUUGCUACAGUAAA